AUAAAGUUAGGUAUUUGCUAAAGCUACUAUAGUUAACUAGCUGGCUGCUUUAUUGUGUUCGGCAAACUGGGGGGGUUGGGAAGUACAGUAAUUUACUGGAAUGUAUUUAGCUGGAUGUUACGUAGUGAGGGUAGCUUUAGCCUGCCUUAACAUCUAAAUCAUCUAGCUAGUUAGGUACUUAAUUUAGUUUUAUUUAACUAGCUAGCUAGGUAACGUUAACUCAUUAGCCCAAAAUUGUUUUGCCUGCUAAUCGUAUUAAUCCAGUUAGCUAGAUAAAGGCAUUUUAAUUUAGAGCUAAUGUUAGUUGCGAUGUUUUCUGGUCUGUAUAGCGAUGCAUAUUGGCUUCAGCUGUUUUAGGAAAUUAAUUUAGCUAGAUAAAUUAGUUGAAGUUCAAAGCGUAGUAAAUAAAGCUAAUGUUUCCAGUAACAAACAGCUAACGUUACUUAAAAAUGUUCCUACUACAGGGGCUUUAAUCUGAUCAAGAUCCAGUCAGUGAGUGUUUGUUACCAAAACUAAACACACACUGCGUGUACAACAAAUUAGGAACACCUGCACUUACCAUGACAUAGACUGACCAACGCUGUGUCACCUGUUAAAUCCACUUCAAACAGAGUACACGAAGGGAAGGACACAGGUUAAAUAAGGAUUUUUAAGGCUUGAGGCAUGGAUUGUGUAUAUGUGCCAUUCAGAGGGUGAAUUGGCAAGACAAAAUAUUUAAGUGCAUUUGAACCAGUGUUUGUGAUGUCAACAUGGAGAGAGAUGACAAUCAAGAAAAGGGAGAGAUGGAGGAGAUAAAGAGUUGUGAGAAUCCAUCCUCUGACUGCACACUGUCAACUGGUUCUGCUGAUCUCACUCCUGCUCUGCCCUCUGAAAAUCACACAGUUCCUGAGCCUGCUGGGCCAGUGGGAGGAGACAACAACACCAAUGUGACUUUAGAGGAGCCUAAGAAUCCACCUCCAUCAGAUACUAUGGGUGAGGAGGGGACCCAGGAACUAGAACCGGCCCCUGACCAGGAACUAGAACCGGCCCCUGACCAGGAACUAGAACCGGCCCCUGACCAGGUAAAAGACGAAGAGACUGAUGAGUGCAAUAAGACAGAAUAUCAGAACAGUUCAGGUGGUCAACCAGAGACUGUGCCAGAAGAGGCUUCAUCUUCAGCUGAAAAUGUGCAGUACGACUCAGGGGAGUUUGUGGUCACUAUGUUGGCCAGAGGUAAACUGGAGGAACAAGGUAUGGGAGUGAAGGCUGGCGCCCCAGAGGCCCCCCCAUCCCACCGUGAUGAAGAUGUGAUGGCUGAGAGCUGGAGGCAGCACAGGAAGCAUGUGUUUGUCCUGAGUGAGGCAGGGAAACCAAUCUACUCCCGCUACGGCAGUGAAGAGGCCCUGUCGUCCACCAUGGGAGUCAUGAUGGCACUGGUGUCCUUUGUCCAGAGUAGUGACAACAUGAUCCGCUCUGUCUACUCAGACGGGCACAUGGUGGUGUUCAUGCAGAAGGGUCCUUUGGUGCUGGUGUCUGUGUCAAGCAGCCGUCAGUCAGAGCAGCAGCUGCGUGCUGAGCUGCUGUACGUCUACUACCAGAUCAUCAGCAUGCUCACUCAGGCCAGCAUCACACGCAUCUUCCAACACAAGAAGAACUAUGACCUGCGGCGACUGCUGGCCGGCUCCGAGAAGAUCCUGGAUGGCCUCCUCAACCUGGUGGACUCGGACCCCAGCUUCCUGCUGGCAGCGGUGCACUGCCUGCCCCUGACAUCCUCUCUCAGGGACUCCCUCAGCCAGAUUCUACAGAAGGCCAUCACCCCAAACCUGGUAUUCUCUAUCCUCAUUGCCAAGAACCAGCUGCUCACGAUUGUCCAGGAGAAGACGGUGAUUGAGGACACCAGGCUGGAGCCUACUGACGUCCACCUGCUGCUCAACCUCAUUGGGGCCUCCUCUGCCUUCCAGGCUGGAGAGAUCUGGACUCCCAUCUGCCUGCCUCUCUUUAACCCUGACUGUUACUUCUAUGCCUACAUCUCCUACCUGGACCCCCCAGAAUGCACUGUGUGUCUGCUGCUGCUCUCCACAGAUAAGGAGGCCUUUUAUGCGGUGGCAGAGUGUAAGAGGAGGAUAGAGGUGGCCAUGCUGGCUCAGAGCUCCCUGAGGCUCAUUGCCAAGGCCCACUCCUACAGCGUGAGCCAGGUGGGUGUCUCAGACCUCAGGCACUUCAUGUACAAGCCCUUUGAUGUCCCAGACAACCACAAGCAGCUCACCCAGUUCACCAGCCCAGAGAUGGAGGCUCCCUACAGCACGGAGGAGGAAAGGAUGCGGCUGCUGGACCUGUAUCGUUACAUGCACGGUCGCAUCCACAGCUCCUCCCGGCCCCUCAAGCUCAUCUACCACGUGGCAGAGAGGGAAACCCUGCUGGCCUGGGUCACAAGUAAAUUUGAGUUGUACACUUGCUUCAGCCCCUUGGUGACUAAGGCCCGUGCCAUUAACGCAAUAACCAAGCUUCUACGUUGGAUCAAGAAGGAGGAGGACCGUCUCUUUAUUCGAUACCCACCCAAGUAUUCAACCACCCCCAACCCCAGCAAAAGCUCCCGCAAGUCUGACCAGCAGGAUUCCACAGAUAAUGGCUUUGCGUCUCUACUAUAGAGCUGGCUAGCCCUGGCUAUUCCUCUCUGUCAACAUAGUUUAUACACUGGUUCUACUAGAAGAGGUGUUUGGCACUGACCACAUCUUACAUCUUUAUGGACUUCAUUGAACUUUGACCACUGGACUAUUGAAGGAUGACUUGCCUUCUUGAAACUGACUCGUAUUAUUUCUGUACCUUUAUAAGAAAGCAUGUUCAGUGUUAGUGCUUUUAGGUUACAACUUGGUCAGGAAAACUGUAAGGAGAAAGCAAACAUUUUAAAAUUGGCUAGUGGUGGAACUUUCAAUAAUAUCGAAUUGUUUUUAUAUUGUUUUAUUCUAUUGUGACAAAGGUGAGAACUCUUCUCGAAGGCAUAAUAUCUGACUCAUUACAUACAACUAUUGCAAUUCAAGCUUUUGUGGUCGUUGACACUGUAGCACAUUACAAAAAUGAAAGGAAGGACUACCUAGAACUACUCCUAAAUUUCUUUUCAACUGCCUUGCCAUCAUACUUAUUGCUAGAAACCUUAAUGUUGACCGGAUGACAAAUAGGAAAUUAAUAUAAAAAAGUUUGGUUAUUGGUGGGAUGAACAGAAAAUGUAAAUGUAUCAAAGUCUUAUUUUGAAAUCACAUCCUCUAGACAACUGGAAUUGGAAGGAUUACCACUCUUGUAUGUGUCUGGAUAGUCCAUGACAUGACCUCUACAUGUUCAUUGUUCUCAGUUGAUACAAUUGUUUGACUGGCAUGUUGUCUUUGCAAUUUAGAUUAAAUAGUGUCGGUGUUCAUACUUUAAUUAUGCUCUGGUAAUAAACAUUCAGUUACAUUUUC